CCGAUAACUACGCACUGCUUGUCAGGUGGCAACUACGUUGCACGUGGAUUAUUUGUUUACAACGAUGUCACGCAAAACAUGGAACUCGCUGGACAAACCGCCGCUUUCCGAGCCCGUGCUCGAAGUGGUCCAAAGCUUUGGCUUCGAGCUGAUGACGCCAGUGCAAACAGCAGCUAUUCCACUGCUGUUGGCACGCAAAGAUGUCUCCGCCGAGGCAGUGACAGGCAGCGGUAAAACGUUAGCGUUUCUUGUUCCCCUGCUGGAGAUACUGCAACGACGCCAUAAGGAGACUCCGUGGGGUGCCAAGGAGAUCGGUGCACUUAUCAUCUCACCAACACGUGAAUUGGCACGUCAAAUAUCCGAAGUGCUCGCACAAUUUCUAGAACACGAGGAGCUGGAGCACUUGAAUCAACAGCUGAUUGUGGGAGGCAACAGCAUCGAAGAGGACAUAGUCAACAUAAGGCAACAGACGCCCUGCAUAUUGGUGUGUACACCCGGACGCCUCGAGGAUCUGUUUCAACGCAAGGGUGAUGACUUAAAUCUGGCAGCACGUGUCAAAAGUCUUGAGUUCCUGGUGCUCGAUGAGGCGGAUCGUCUGCUCGACUUGGGCUUCAAGACGAGCGUCAACAAUAUACUUGGCUAUCUGCCACGACAGCGGCGCACCGGGCUCUUCUCGGCCACACAGACCACCGAGGUCACAGACUUGAUACGCGCUGGCCUGCGUAAUCCUGUCCUGGUUUCCGUUAAGGAGAAGGCUUCAGUGAAUACGCCAGCACGACUGCAGAACUUUUACAAAAUUGUGGAGCCGGAGCAAAAGUUUCUGACGCUACUGCAGUUUCUACGCUCGCCCACCUCCAACGCCGGCAAAGUGAUGGUCUUCUUUCCCACCUGUGCCUGUGUGGAAUACUGGGCCGAAGUGUUGCCGCCAUUGCUGCCAGGUCGUUGUGUGCUCGGCAUCCACGGCAAGAUGAAGAGCAAGCGUGCCAACGUCGUGGAACGUUUUCGUAACACAGCGCAAUCGGUUCUGCUCUGCACAGAUGUUCUGGCACGUGGUCUGGAUGUGCCGGAGAUUGAGUGGGUAGUGCAAUGGGAUCCUCCAUCGAAUGCCUCAAGUUUUGUUCAUCGAGUGGGACGCACAGCGCGACAGGGUAACGAAGGUAACGCACUGGUUUUCCUGCUGCCCAGCGAGGAUGCGUAUGUCAAGUUCCUCAAACUCAAUCAGAAGGUGGAGCUGAGUGAGUUGGAAGAGGAAUGUGGCGAGGUCUCAACCACAUUGCUGCAGUCCACCGUGGAGCAGUUGCAUCAGUUGCAGGCAGCUGACAAGGGCAUCUAUGACAAAGGCAUGCGAGCCUUCGUUUCCCAUGUUCGUGCUUAUACCAAACACGAGUGCAGCGCUAUUUUGCGACUCAAAGAUCUGGAUCUGGGCAAGAUGGCAACGGCCUAUGGUCUGUUGCAGCUGCCACGAAUGCCCGAGCUGAAGAAUUAUCAAGGAGACGGCUUUAUAGCUCCCAGCUUUGAAGUGGAUCUCACCAAGAUGUCGUAUAAGAAUGUGCAGAAGGAGCAGGUGCGCAAACAGAAGCUGCAGACGUAUGGGGAAACGGGCGCCUGGCCAGGACGUCAGAAGCCACACAUGAAGCGCACCGAAUCGUGGGAUCAAACAAAGAAGGCCAAACUAGAUGCGAAGUCCAAGAAGGAAUUGCGCAAGGCCAAGAAAGAGCGCAAACGCAAAGCUGAGGCAGGUGAAGCGGGCAACAAACGCAAGCGGAAACAGCAAUUUACGCAGGAGGAUCUGGAUGAGUUGGCCACGGAUAUACGGCUCUUUAAGCGGCUCAAGAAGAAAAAGAUCACCGAGGAUGAUUACAACAAGGCAAUGGGAAUUGAGGAUGAUGAUGACUAAAAAAAAGCUCAUUGUAUUAGUUCAAGAUGUGAUGUAAAUAAAUGGAAAUGUUUAA